AGUCCUCCAGGAACGAGUGAAAAACACAGUCAGGGAGGCAACUGCUAGUGGAGGUUUGGAAAAGCCCCAGAAUCAUCCAUGGCUUCUUGCAGAGGACCUUCCUGCUUGGGGCAUGUAACACUUGCAUCCAGAAUGACCUGAGACUUCUGAAAGGUUGGCUCUCCUCCUCACUCCAGGUUCCUGCACUUUUUGCUUCAAGGAAGAAAUUAUCUGCAGAGCAAGGGGAUCCUUCGAAUCUGGUUGGAGGCUGAGCUGGAAAUAGAGGUCAAAGAUGGAAGAACAAGACUCAGCUGACCCUGAGGGAGGUAAAGGCCCCCAACCCAUCCAAGCUGGGAGUAGUGAGAAGAUCCCGGAGGGGAAGAGCACCAGUUCAGAGGCACAGCUCCAGCACUUCAGGGAGAUUGGCUACCAGGAGUCUAAGGGGCCCAGAGAGGCCUGCAGCCAACUCUAUGACCUGUGCCGUCAGUGGCUGAAGCCAGAAUUGCACACGAAGGCUCAGAUGCUGGACCUGGUGAUCCUGGAGCAGUUCCUAACUGUCCUGCCCUCGGAGAUAGAGCGCUGGGUCAGGGAGUGUGGAGCAGAAACCAGUUGCCAAGCAGUGGCGCUGGCAGAAGGUUUCCUCCUUAGCCAGGCAGAGGACAAGAAGCAGGAUGUUUUGCAGGUGCAGACACGGCUGAUGGCGGUGGCCCCUGAUUUCCCCGGGACAGAGAAGGACUUUUUGGACACCAGACAGAGGCCACUGUUCAGGGCCAGCAUGCAAGACAACAGUGGAAGUUUUCCUUCAUUGGAUAAGGGAUAA